GUGCCCUCCCCGUGUGCGCGCGCGUUAAAAACUCCUUCCAGGUGUAUGCUGGCGGGAGUAGAUGGUGCUCGACCAGUUUUUCUGUGGUAUAACAUAAAGAUGUCGCUUGACAGACUGGAGAAAAAGAAGACGAUAGACUUGAGGAAGAAGCACAUUGGACCAUCUUGUAAGAUCUUCUUCAGCCAUGAUCCCAUCAAGAUUGUAAAAGCCAAAGGUCAGUAUAUGUAUGACGAAAAAGGACAGCGCUACUUAGACUGCAUCAACAAUGUGGCUCACGUGGGCCACAGUCACCCGGACGUGGUGAAGGCAGGAGCUGAGCAGAUGGGAUUACUUAACACCAACACCCGGUUCUUGCAUGACAACCUGGUACUUUAUGCCCAGAGGCUGCAAGCAACCCUGCCAGACAAGCUGUCUGUGUGCUACUUUGUCAACUCAGGCUCUGAAGCCAACGACCUGGCCCUCCGACUUGCAUGGCAGUACACGGGGAACAAAGAUAUCAUAACACUGGAAAAUGCGUACCACGGCCAUGUGUCGUCACUCAUUGACAUUAGUCCCUAUAAGUUCCACCAGCUGUCAGAUGCUGAGCAGAGCCACUUGGUCCAUGUGGCUCCAAGCCCAGAUGUGUACAGAGGUAAAUACCGUGCAGACCGCCCUGAUGCAGCUACAGCGUAUGCAGAUGAAGUCAAAGACAUAAUAGAGAAAGUCCAUAAAAAAGGACAUAAGAUUGCUGCUUUUAUUGCCGAAUCGCUGCAGAGUUGUGGCGGGCAGGUCAUCCCCCCCGCGGGCUACUUCCAGCAAGUGGCUGAGCAUGUCCGCAAAGCAGGAGGUGUUUUUAUCGCGGACGAGGUCCAGGUGGGUUUUGGCAGAGUUGGCUCUCAGUUCUGGGCCUUCCAGCUUCAGGGAGACGACUUUGUGCCUGAUAUUGUCACAAUGGGGAAGCCUAUUGGCAACGGCCACCCCAUGUCAUGUGUGGUCACAACCAGGGAAGUGGCCGAGGCCUUUUUGUCAUCUGGAAUGGAGUACUUCAACACAUUUGGCGGUAACCCUGUGUCUUGCGCCAUUGGUCUGGCCGUCCUGGACGUGAUUGAGAAGGAGGAUCUGCAGCGAAACGCACUGCGUGUUGGCCAGUACCUCAUUAAUGUGCUGGAAAAACAAAAGGAGAAGCAUCCGCUGAUUGGAGACAUUAGGGGGCGAGGCCUGUUUGUUGGGGUGGAGCUGGUGAAGGACAGAGUAAAGCUCACUCCAGCUACCGCCGAAGCCCAGGAGGUCAUUUAUAAAUUAAAGGAGCAGCACAUCCUUUUAAGCGCUGAUGGACCUCAUCGUAAUGUGCUGAAAUUCAAGCCUCCACUGUGCUUCACCACGGAGGAUGUUGACCUGGUGGUGGAAAAGAUCGACCCCAUUCUGAAAGAGCUGGAGGAAGCAUUAGGCUUGAAGGCAAACAAUUCCGCAAAUACAGAAAAUGAAAGGAGGAGAAAGCUGUCAACAGAUGAAAAUGGGCACGGUGGGUUAAAUUACAGCAGUGAAGGAGUCCAAGAACAAACCAAACAAAGGAAACGGAUGAAAACAUAAAGAUGCCUCAAGAUUAUUUUUACACAAAUGAAGUUGCAGCACUUUCUCAGGUGUUCGAAUCAGAAUAUCUUGUUGGUAUAAAAAGAAGACUUUAAGGUUAUUACAAAACUAUCAUGUCAUCUAAUAUUUUAAAUGUCUAAUCCUAUAAAUCAUAUCUGUGUAUGUAAAAAUACUAUGUGGUACUUUGGCAACAAAACACCUCAUUCCUCUUUAUGAACAUAUGAAAUAUUUGUAUGAACCAGUGAACACUGUUAUAUUCCGUCAUAUAAAAUAAUAUUUAAUUUGACAUUUGAAUUAAAAAGGAAAUUUUUAAACCUAGUGUUCUGUUUUCUUAAUGUGUACCAGCUCUGUUUCUCUGUGGUACUGAAUCUCCACCAAACAGG